AUGAUUUCAUAUUUAUACGUGAUAUUCGUUUUGAUUACAACCGUUCACGUUUUUCCAUACCUUCUUCCAGUUAACAAAUGUCCGGGAGAAGAUUUCCUUCGAGAAUGUCUUGAUCAAUCACAUAUUAAAGGACCUGUACAUUUUCGAAAUGAUUUUUCUGCUUAUAAUGAUGAUCUUAGCAUUGAAUAUAAUACACGAGUAAUUCAUUUUCCAGUAGCGUUUGUACAUUCGAUAGACAUAUUAGAUGUUCAAAAUACUAUUAAAUGUGGAGUAAAAUUAAAUUUUCCAAUUGUUGCAAGAUCAGGUGGCCAUUCUUAUGAAAGCUAUAGUAUUGGAGAUAGAGAUUGUUAUUUAAUUAUUGAUCUUGUAAAAUUGAAUAAAAUUACCGUUAAUGUAACUACACAAACUGCUGUAAUCGGAACAGGGAAUACACUAAAAUCAUUAUAUUAUCAAGUUACUGAGCAUGUAUUUGCAUUUCCAGCUGGUGGUUGUCCUGGUAUUGGAGUUGGUGGUCAUAUAAUGGGUGGCGGUGUAGGACUUCUUAAUCGAAAAUUUGGAAUGUCUUCAGAUAAUAUCCUUGAUGCAGAAAUUGUUUUAGCAAAUGGAACUGUU